AAAAUAUAAGAGUCAAGUGUCCACAGUAGGCUUCCAAUAGUGCGCUGAGUGACGCCAGAUUUUAGCCAAGCACACAUCAUACAUACAUUGUGAACCUGACUACUAAUCGCAUAUCAUAUUUGCCGCAUUAAAAUGGGAACAAAGAGUAGAUCCCGCAGUCCCGCCGGCGACGUUGCCAUGAUACAUCCCUCACGUCGCAUGCUAGUCAAGCCAGUACAGCCAAUACAACCAGCCACACGCCGAUCACCUACACCCAAACGUCGCUCUCCCUCCCCCAAACGUCGCUCUCCCUCCCCCAAAAAGUCACCACGACGUCGAUCUAUCUCACCACGACGUCGACCCUCUGCCUCGAAAAGUAAAGCCAGAUCACGUUCACGCUCACGGUCGGUAUCACCAGACACCAAACCAAGAGGGCGAGAAUCACGAUCACCAUCCCGAAAUAAGAAAAAGAAUCACUCCAAGUCAAGAUCAUGGUCGCGUUCGCGUGACAGUGUAGCCAACGGGUCCAGCACAUACAGAAGCAGAAAGCAUCACGCGCGGUCACAUUCACGCUCACGUUCACGAUCGCGUACACCCGUUCGUAGUAAAGUGCGUAAUGGGUCGCCGACGGCAACGAAACGCGAUAGCAGGCGAUCGAGGAGUCCUGUGCGCGCAGAUAGAGGACGCACAGAUACGCAAACGGGUGCUAGUAAGGGUAGAUUCACUGCAAAUGAACGCAGGACCGGGGCUGACGCAAAUAACAGAGGGUUUAGAGGCGCCGAGAGGGGUGGUAGGUUCAAUAGCGGCCGGGCAAAUGCCAGAGAUAACAGAGAUCGUCGAGGAGGUGCUGCGGUGGGAAAUAAAGAGGCCUACAGACCGCCUGCUGCUGAUACCACUGUAGUGACUAAAUUGAAAGACUUGCCUGAAAUAGACCGGGAGAAGACUUGUCCAUUGUUGUUACGGUUAUUCUGUUGUGUGGGGGAGCAUCACAACUUGAAGGAGUAUGCAGCUGGUAAAGUGCCAGCGGAUGAACUCAUGGUACAUACGUGGCUAAACGCAACGUUUAAGGAACUAACUAUGCUGAUUAAGGGGGCUAUUGACGAGGCAAAACCAAAAGGUACACGCAUGGUGUUCUCCGCCGUCUACCCUACACCCAGUGGACAAAUGGUGAUGAAAGAAAUCGGGGAGUUGACCACAGGUCGCAAGGGCGAGCGUGACAUGGCUGCACUGGGACAGACACGCUUUAAGAUAGGCGACUAUCUGGAUGUUGCGAUUCACCCGCCGGCAGUGCGAGGACGAGGUGGGGGUUCCUUGUAUGGACGCUAUUGAUCUGCUGACCGGCCUACACGCAUUGUAAAUGACAGCUAGUGAUUCCGUAUGCCAAAACGACCAAUUGUCAACGAGAGAAAUAAAUAUGGAGCAAAGCUUCCUUAAUUGAACAUACG